AUGACAUCAAUUAUUAAUUGCACAGUAUUCGGAAUAUUGGCAAUUAUCUCAAUUAUUCUCGCAAUUUUCAAUAUCAUCAGAAUCAAGAAAAAAAUUGGAUUUGCUGCAAAAUGUUAUCGAUCAUGGGUUUUAUAUUUUUGCUUUUUCAUAUUGAUACUUGCUAUUUUGGUUGUUAUUUGUUCGGUGGCAAUGAUAGUUUUUCAACCUUUGAAUGCCAAAACCAAUGUGGAUAAAUAUAAAGAAGGUAAGAGAAUGGUCCCAAAAAAAUCAAGAAUUUUUCGAAUUUUGGGUGUAUCAAAAGAGUGUGGAUCUCUUAAGCUUUCAUGGAAUCCCAACCAAAAAAAUGUUGAUAAUUUCAGAGACUACAACUAUUCUCAAAAAUUCGAAUAAAACAAUCUCGGAUAUACUUGGUGGAAAUAGUGUUCAAACUUGUAUGGGAAAUAUUGCAAAUGUUAUUAAACCCGAGGUUCCAAUCGACAAAAUGGAGAAAAAAUUUGGUUUUGCUGAUGUCAGAGAUGUAAAUUUGAAAAUUGAUAUGAUUCAUUUAGAAAAUUAUUAUUGAUUUCAGAAUGUCGAUGGGGUUCAACAAAAAUUGAAGAAUUUCAAAGGCUGGAUUACCAAAUUUCUUGAGAUGCUCAAAGGUGUAAGCUGUCAACAAUUGAAGAUAGAAACAAAAAAAAAACUGAAAAAAAUUGGAGAAAUUUUUCAUCCAACGGCUGAAAAUGGAAUGAAUGGAAUGAUCAAAGAAGUGAAAGCUAUAAGUCAUUUGAUUGACACUAUCGAUUCAGCAUUGGCAGAUGUGAUAACCAAACUAGAAAAAUAUGUUAGCUCGGAAAUAAUGAACAGUUUGGCUGAUCGUAUUUCAGAAGAUUUGGGAAAUCUCGAGGUAUGUUUAUAAGAGAACCUUUUCUAUGAACCGACUAACAGAUUGACUAAUCGGUUCGGAGAAAUUGUGUCAUUUUUAGACAACUUUCAAAAUUAUUUACAGGUUAUAAUCAAUCAAUUGCUAGAAUUCGAUGAGAAACCAACGCGAAUAAUGUUUAUCAUAUUCUUGGUUGUUUAUGGUAUCUAUUCAUCUGCUUCGAUUAUUACAACUUCAAUUGCAAUUGUUGGAUGUUUUAAGUGGUUUCGAAAACGAUCCGAACCAACAAAACUUAUGACUUAUCCAGUUUAUGCAAUGAUUCUUUUGCUUUUCCUCACAUCAAUCACAUUCCUUUUCUUUUAUUUGGAAAUUAUUGAAGAUUUGAAUAUUUGUGGUGUUCAACAGAAUGAUCAAAUGUUAGUUUGAACCUUAACAAUUGAAAAAUCUCUUCCAAUAUUUGAUUUUUCAGAUUCUUUGAUUCUGUAUGUCCAUCUUCAAAUGCUAAAUUCUUCUCAAUUCUCAAAUCAAACAAUAGUUUAUCGAUCGAAACAAUUGGUGAAAUAUUGAAAUUGAAAGAAUAUGAAAAAGAUUUUGGUUCGGAACUCAAGAAAUCCUUCAAAUCUAUUGUUAUUCCGGAUGCUAUGAAAACAGAAGCGAAAACAAUCAAAGAAUUUUCUGAAAUUUUGCUAAGCCACGACAGAGAUUGCAAUAUCGACAGGGAAUAUUCAAGCGUUUUGGGAGAACUCUAUGCUUUGUUGGAAAAGAUGUUUGUAGGCGCAACGAUUUAUGGAAAUCAAAUUCAAAAGUUUGACACAAGUGCUCCAUUCGCAGAAUUUCCAGUUGCUAUUGAAAAAUCGCUUGUGGAUAUCAAUGUGAGCAAUUUUUUCUCGAAAAUCCCAUUUUUAUCGAUUUUCCCCAAAAUUUCGCUUUCAAAUCAAUGCCACGUGGCAAAAAAAUCUUGCAAAACACUUACUUCAAACCAGAAAUGCCAAAAAACUAUAAAAACACCGACUUACAAGCGUGAAACCAGACAACAGCAGAAAUUUCGAGAAAAAAAUUAAAAAAUACUCCGGGAGAACUACACGAAAUGCAUUUCGUGGCGGGACACACGUGUCGAUUUACGGCGCCUCCCUUGAUUUUAUUUUUUUGUUUUUCCCGAAAAAUGUCGAAAAAGGGGGAAAAAGGGAAAUGUGCCACUUAUAAAUUAUCGAUUUUUCAGAAGGCCAACUUUGUUUGCAACCACAUCUAUGAAUAUAGUCAAGGAAUUUGUAUUUUGGCUGGAGAAAUCUUGGAUAUUUAUACAAUUUCUGUAUAUUUAUUGCUGAUUGCACAAUUGUUCUCAAUUCUUGCUAAUAAUUUGUUUUGUAUGAUGGCUGAAUGCUGGAAAAAACAUGACGAUAUAAUGAAGGAAAAUGAACGAAAAGAGAAGAAAAGAAUUGACGAGAAAAAUAAGAAGGAGCAAGAAGAAGCAGCUAAAAGGGCCGAAAAGGAAGAACUGGCAAAACCGAAAUUCGAUAUUGCUGCUGCGAAAUUGAAAUUGGAAAAUGUGUAUCGUCAAACAGAGGAACUGAAAGAAAAAGUGGAAGAGAAACUUGACAGAAGAUUGUCUAGAGGAUUGGAUAACAUUCCAAAUGCACCUGGUGUAGAAACUGAAGCAUCCACUUCCAUCAAUGAAUAA